AAAGAAAAUAAGAAGAAGAAAAAAAUUAGAAACACCUUCACUGACCGGCUUCUCUCCUCCCGAGGCUCUCCCUCCCCUUAGCCUCUCUUCAGUUCUUCUUUUAUCAUUAUCUGAAUUUGUUUGUUAUUUAUUUCUUUGUUUUCUCUCUCCCUACUCCAGAAUGCUGGUUCCAUGAGAGCCAAAACCCAGUCUGUCUUGUUCUCCAUUCUAUCCUAAGCUCCAGGCACAUAGCAACUGCUUAAUCCGUAUUUAUUGAAUGAAUGACUGAAUAAAAGGUGUCUGAGCAGAGUUGGGAGGACGAGUGAGACUUAGCCAGUCUAAGAACAGAGGAAAGGUAAGAGAAUAGCAAGAACGAAGACACAGAAGCAUGAAUUGACAGGAGACGUGCAGCGGAACUAUAAGCAGCUCGGUGUUACUAGACCGUAGAAUGCUGGCAGAGAGCGGUAGACCCCCAAGAAAUCCAUUUUAUAUUCUCUGUAAACUGAGCUCCAUCCUCAGAUUUUAGAGCCACCACACUCCUUGGCUCAUGGCCCUCUUCCUCCGUCUUCAAAGCCAGCAGCAGCAGGUUGAGUCCUUCUCACAUCACAGCUCAUUGACUGACUAUUCUGCCUAGUUCAUCACAUGAUUAGAUUGGGCCCAUUUGGGUAAUCCAGGAUAAUCUCCCCAUCUCAAGGUCGCUAACUUUAAUUGCAUCUCCAAAGUCCGUUUGUCAUGUAACAUAAUAUAUUCACAGGUCCCGGGGAUUAAGGCGUGGGCCUCUUUGUGAGCCCUUAUUCUGCCUACCACGGGGAUGUUUAUAGAGGGUUUUCUAUAGCUCGUAAUCCUUCCCCCCUUCCUCCCUCCUUCCCUUCUUUCUUUCAAUAAACGUUUAUUGAGUACUCUUUCCCAAUGCUAAGUGCUGGCAUACAGCAAUGAGUAAGACAGUCAACGUUCCUGCUCUCAUGGUGGCUUAAAUUCUAGCACAAAGAUAGAUGGCAAACAAGUAAUCAAGUAAAUAACAAGGUAGUUACAGAUUGUGCCAUGAAGGCCGUAAGGCAGUGAGUAGAAAGUAGCUGGGCAGGACCACUUUGGCUAGGUGGUCAGGGAGGGGCUCUCUAAGGAAGUGACACAUAAUCUGAGAUCUGAAGGAUCUGAGGCAGCUACUAAGAACCAGGGGAAGAGGAUUCUAGCACAGGAAGUGAAAAUUGCAGAGUCCUUCAGGCAGUAAAUUGCAUGUCUUGUCCAAGGAGCAGGCUGAAAGCCAGUGUGAAUGGAGCACGGUGAGCAAGACAAAAGAGUAGAGCAAAGGAUGGUGGCAAGACGGAGAAGGGAGGCCAUGCAGGGGCUGUGAGAGUGUGUGUGGAAAAAUACAGAGGCGUAUUCCAGAGUUGACUGUUGAUGGCAUGUACAGUUAGAGGGUGCUUGUUGGCACUUAUUUUUAUCAUCAUGUCGCUGUUGGUUAAGGCAAAAAUAGACGUGUGCAAGAGAGGGGACGUGACCGUGACGCCGAACCAUGUAAUUUCACUGGGAUCAGCAGUCAAUAUUUCGUGCUCUUUGAAGCCCAAACAAGACUGCUCGCGAUGUUCCCGCUGCAACAAGUUAAUCCUCUACAAGUUCGACAGAAGAAUCCAUUUUCAGCAGGGUCGCUCCCUCAGUUCUCAAGUCACAGGUCUUCCCCUGGGUACAACUCUGUUUGUCUGCAAACUGGCCUGUGGCAGUAGUGACGAGAUUCGAAUAUGUGGGGCAGAGAUCUCAGUUGGCGUUGUUCCAGAACAGCCUCAAAACUUAUCUUGCGUACAGAAGGGAGAACGUGGGACCGUGACCUGCAUCUGGGACAGAGGCCGGGACACCCACCUCUAUACGGUGUAUGCUUUACAGUUAAAUGGACCAAAAAAUUUAACUUGGCAGAAGCAAUGUAGUGAUCAUGAUUGUGACCGUUUGGACCUGGGGAUCAGCCUGACCCCUGAAUCCCCUGACUCCGGUUACACAGCCAAGGUUACUGCGAUCAACAGUCUUGGGAGUGCUUCUUCGUUUCCAUCCACGUUCACAUGGUUGGACAUAGUGAGGCCUCUUCCUCCGUGGGACAUCAGAAUCAAAUGUGUGAACGCUUCCGUGAGCAGAUGUAUCCUUCAGUGGAGAGACGAGGGGCUGGCGCUGCUCAAUCGACUCCGAUAUCGGGCCAGUAACAGCAGGUCCUGGAACAUGGUUAAUGCUACAAACGCUAGAGGAAGAUAUGACUUGCUGGAUCUGAAACCCUUUACAGAAUAUGAAUUUCAGAUUUCCUCUAAGCUGCAUCUUUCUAAAGGUAGCUGGAGCAAUUGGAGUGAACCACUGAGAACACAAACACCGGAAGAAGAGCCUACCGGGAUGUUAGAUGUCUGGUACACGAAACAGCCCAUUGACUACAAUAGACAACGGAUUUCUCUUUUCUGGAAGAAUCUGAGUGUGUCGGAGGCAAGAGGAAAAAUCCUCCACUAUCGGGUGAGCUUGCAGGAGGUGGCAGGGGAGGAAGCCACACUGCAGAACAUCACAGAACAUACCUCCUGGACCUGGGUCGUUUCCGGAACUGGAACCUGGGCUGCGGCUGUGUCUGCAGAGAACUCAAAAGGCAGCUCCCCGCCCACUCACAUUAACAUAUCGGACCUGUGUGGGGCAGGGCCGUUGGCGCCUCUCCAGGUGUCUCCAGCCGCGGAGAGCACAGACAGCAUCACGGUGAGCUGGGAGCCUCCAGGCGGAGCCGCCCCUGCUGUCCAGGAGUAUGUGGUGGAAUGGGCUGAGCACCAGCCCGGGGGCGGCACACAGGCCCCUCCACACUGGCUGUGGAGCCCCCCCACCAACGUGUCCGCCCUGAUUGCAGAGAACAUAAAACCCUACACCUGUUAUGAAAUCCGGGUGCACGCGCUGUCAGGGGACCGGGGAAGGUGCAGCUCCACCCGGGGCAACUCUAAGCACAAAGCCCCACUGAGUGGCCCCCACAUCAAUGCCAUCACAGAGGAGAAGGGGAGCAUUUUAAUUUCAUGGGACGAGAUUCCAGCCCAGGAGCAAAUGGGCUGCAUCCUCCAUUACAGGAUAUACUGGAGGGAAAGGGACUCCGACUCCCAGCCUCGAUUUUGCGAACUUCCCUAUGGGGUGUCCCCAAAUUCCCAUCCCAUAGACAGCCUGCGGCCCAGAGUGACAUACGUCCUGUGGAUGACAGCUCUGACAGCUGCUGGCGAAAGCCCCAGAGGGAACCAGAGGGAAUUUUGUCAGCAAGGGAGAGCCAGCUGGAGCACGUUUGUGGCACCGAGCAUUUGCAUUGCUGUCAUCACGGUGGGCAUUUUCUCAGUGCGCUACUUCCGGCAAAAGGUGUUUGCUCUCCUGUCUGCCCUCAGAACUCAGUGGUGUAGCAGAGAAAUUCCGGACCCAGCGAAUAGCACUUGGGCCAAGAAAUACCUGCUUGUGGAGGCCUUAUGUCCCCUCCUCACCUCAACUCACUUUAAAAGAAAUGAAAAAGCAAGUAUUCUUGCCACUGACUCAUCCAAAUUCAAGAGAUCUGAAGCUUUACCACAAUGUUCCCGGCCCUGUGUGAACACAGAACAGGAGAAGACACAGCUGCCCUUGGACAGGGUCCUGACAGACUGGCCCCGUCUGGAAGAACCUGAGCCCCUGGUCAUCAGCGAAGUCCUUCAUCAAGUGACCUCAGGCUUCGGACAUCCCCAUCGCCCCAACUGGCCGGAAAAGGGACGAGGAGUCCAAAGUCACUACACCUCUGAGGAGGACACGGGGUCCAGCGCCUCGAGCCCACCACCUCCAAGGGCUCUCACAGCAGAGACAGGACAACUAGUGAAUCUGUACAAGGUGCUGGGGGGCAGGAGCCCCGACUCCAAGCCGGGAAACCCAGCGGGCCCCUUGACAGUCCUGCCCGUGGACUACCUUCCCACCGAGGGCUACUUACCCUCCAACAUGGACUAUCUCCCUUCCCACGAGGCUGCUGUAACUGGCCCCGGGGAGGCACUGGAGCCGCAGCCCAUCGCCCUCUCCAUUUUCCCCUCAAGUCCCCUUCACCCGCUCACCUUCUCCUGUGGUGAAAAGCUGACUCUGGAUCGGUUAAGGAUGGGGUGCGGCUCCCUCAUGCUAUGAGUGGCAAAGCUCGAAGCUUGGCAAGUCAGCGUGCCCCUAGCCAG